AUGCAUCUCACAAAGCCAUUCGCCGCUCUCGCAGGCAUUGUGCUACUAUCCCUCUCUUCCGUGUCGGCUGCCAUCGUCACAGAUGCAUCCAAAAUUUCGAACAACAAAUACGACUACAUCAUUGUCGGAGGUGGCCUUGCGGGACUCACUGUUGCUAACCGACUAUCCGCUAACUCUGCGGUAAAGGUUCUCGUCAUCGAAGCUGGUAACGACGAACGUGCCAACCCUGAUGUCUACAACGUCGACAACUACGGCAAAGCGUUCGGCAAUGACUUGACGUUCAAAUUCAACACCGUUCCGCAAGUGGGCGGUCGCACGAAAGCCCCCUUGGGUGGCCGUACUCUCGGUGGCAGCACAAGCAUCAACGGAGCUGCAUGGAAUCGUGCUUCUCGCGCCCAAUACGACGCACUUGGAGCGCUGAUCAACUCUGCCGAUGCAGGCUGGAACUGGAAUGGGCUGUUGGGUUAUAUGAAGAAGAGUGAAAACUUUGUCGCGCCCAACCAAGACCAGAGAAAUCUCGGUGCGAAAUGGGACCCUAGCGUUCACGGUACCAGCGGACCGCUCGAGAUCGGCUUUACCCAGAUCCGCAACAACAACCGCAGGAGCACAACCAACGUCGGUGGCGCCUCACAACAGUGGAAACGUAUGUUUACCGGUCCUCAGCAACCCGCUUUCAUCAAAGCGGUCGGCGAAACGCUCGGCGUGCAACAGGUCGAUGAUCAAUGUUCCGGUCAGGCCAACUCGGUCGCCUUUACGCCCAACUCGAUCGGCGUCAAUGGUCAGCGAACCUCUGCUGCUUCUGCCUACUAUACGCCCGUGCAGAACAGGGACAACCUCACUAUCCUCACCGGUACCAUGGCGAAGAAUUUGCUCUGGGACGCAGCAACAUCCAGCAACUUGCUUCGCAGUUCCGGAGUGGUGGUGCAGCAAGGCCGUAACGGCAAUCAGAUUCGAUUGGUAGCCAACAAAGAAGUCAUCCUGGCUGCCGGCGCGCUCAAUACUCCCGUCUUGCUGCAGCGCUCGGGCGUAGGUGCCAAAACCGACCUCAACUCAAUCGGUGUCGAUCAGAGGAUCGAGCUUGCCGGUGUAGGCAAGAACUUGCAGGAUCAGACCAUGACGACGAUCGGCUCGCGUGCCAAUGUCAACUACGCCGGUGGGGGACCUUCAGCCACUAUUGCGAUGCCCAACAUUCAACAGAUCAUGUCCAACUCGACCGCCGUUCGCAGCUACAUCACAUCCAACCUUGACGGCUGGGCCAACCAGCUUCUGUCACAAGGACAUGUUGCAUCCAAGGAAGGUGUGUUGGCACAGUGGCGUUCGGCCAUCUCGUUGAUCUUUGAUCAAAAGGCACCAGUCGUGGAGCUGUUCUUCGAUACUGGCUUCCCAGCCAACUCGUAUGGAAUCGACAUUUGGACUCUCCUUCCCUUCUCACGUGGCUCGAUCCGAGCUACCUCGCAGAACCCAUACGAUGGCGCCCGAAUCGACCCCAACUACUUUGGCCUUCCCAUCGACAUGGAUAUGCAAGUGGCCUCGCUACGAGCUUCUCGUCGAGUGCUGCAGAACAGCAACCUCAGAUCUCUCACCUACAAUGGCGAAACCACGCCUGGAUUCUCGCUCAUUCCAGACGGACCCAAUUCGGGCAGAUACAGCAGGUGGCGCGAUUGGAUCCUCGGCACCCUGCCAAAUGGCGGAAGCGGAUUUGCGGCGGUCAGCCACCAACUGGGAACCGCCGCCAUGGGAAGCAGAUCCCUGGGCGCCGUGGUGGAUGCCAAGUUCAAGGUGUACGGCACUUCCAACGUACGAGUGGUAGAUGCGAGCGUGUUGCCAGUACAGAUCUCGGCCCACCUAAGCUCAACGCUCUACGGUGUUGCCGAGAAGGCGGCCGACACCAUUCUCGCCAGGUGA